UGGAUUAAUAUUUUCAGCAGGCAGUAAUACAAAUCAAAUGCAUGUUUUGUGUCUAAAGUGUAUUUUAAUGUGUAAAUGUGUUUAAAGGUCAUGAAGAUCAACAUCAUACAGUGCCAAAAACAACAAAUCAGAUGCCCUCUUUACCCUUAUGUAGCAUGGCAACAGAAAAAUUACAGGAAACAUUGGCACUGCAUGAUCUCUCUGCAGAAUUGCUCGAGACGGCAUCUACAUACAGACAAAAUCAUACAUAUGAGACAUACAUGAGCUAGGAUUUGAUUUAUUCCCUCAAUUAGCUUUCAUUCUUCCCACUUGGCUACUGACUCUUUUAAACAUACAUGGGAAGGGAGAUAACGGAUCCAUUGACCUGCAAACAGAUUGGCCGGAGUGCAGGAGGAGGAGCCAAAGAGAGAGAGAGGGAUGAAGAAUGAAGGUAGGAGGAUGCAGAGAGAGGGACGGAGCGCUAGUUGGGAUGUGAAGAGUCGGGAGAGGAGAUCUCUAAUAAUAGCACUGCAAGGAAGCAAGAGCGUGCAGAGAAAAGAGUGGUACAUGCAACAAAGCAAAUAAUGCAGACGCAAAGCAAUGAAAGAGUGCGAUGGAGCGAGAGCGGGGAAAGUUGAAAGCACAUUCUCUGCUUUCCCACAUACCGGAAAGGGGAAAAAGACAAAUAGGAAAUACAGGAAGAAAGAUGUUCUCAGUGCAAAGGAAUUACAGAGCAAAGACCUCGAGAAAAACCUCACCUUAGAAAGCUUUGACCUCUGAAGUUCUUGUGUUUUUGAGAGUACGUCUGUUUAAGUUAAGUCCGACCCUUUCAAAUGGCAACUUUGGACAUGUGUGUUAAGUUGCAGCUUGUGUGAAACAUGCCCUCCGCUCGGCCUUCAUCUGAUAAUGCAGAGGUGUGAGAGCCACGAAUCCGAGGUCCAGCGGAGCCCCUCAUUGGACAGCGCAGAGUCAGAAUUCACCCGGGCGGCCCGUCGGGGUCAGCGCCUGGCCGUAGGGGCCUUCUACGGCUCCCGGGGGUCAAAUGUCAAAGAUCAAACAGCACAGAGUGACAGAGCCGUGGUCACGGUCCCACCAGGAGGGAAGCCUCCGGAUAAGCGCGUGUCUGCCGGUGGGAAGUACGUUGUGUUUUACCUGGACUUGUCUUUUGUGUUGCUCCUAGAGUUCGAGAAGCUGAAGAUGGCUCGUGGAUGCCUGUGCUGUGUCAAAUACAUGAUGUUCCUCUUCAACCUGCUGUUCUGGCUGUCGGGCUGCGGGUUGCUAGGUGUGGGCAUAUGGCUGUCCGUUUCUCAGGGCAGUUUUGCCACAUUCUCCCCCUCCUUCCCCUCCCUCUCAGCUGCCAAUCUGGUCAUUACCUUGGGCUCCGUCAUCAUGGUAACAGGCUUUCUUGGUUGCCUCGGUGCUAUCAAGGAGAACAAGUGCCUGUUGCUGAGUUUCUUCAUUGUUCUGUUGAUUAUUCUGCUGGCAGAGCUGAUUUUGCUCAUCCUUUUCUUUGUGUACACGGACAAGGUGAGCGAGAACGCUAAGCAGGAUCUUAAAGAUGGCCUGAGGCUCUAUAACACGGACAAUAACAUCGGCCUCCGCAACGCCUGGAACAUUAUCCAAGCUGAGUGGCAGUGUUGUGGUGUAACUGGUCACACAGACUGGCAUGAUGCCCUGCAGGAGAAAACAGUUCCAGACAAAUGCUGCCAGGAACACUACAGAGAGUGUGGUCGCAAUGCCACUAACGUCUUCUGGUCACAGGGUUGCUAUGAGAAGGUUGAGGAAUGGCUGAACGACAACAAACAUUUGCUGGGAACCAUCGCGAUGUGUGUGCUGGUCUUACAGCUGCUCGGGAUGGCAUUCUCCAUGACCUUGUACCAGCAAAUCCACAGGACAAGGAAAGGGGUAUGAUUAUUA